AAAGGUAAAGCCAUUCCAAGGCUCCAAGCUCAUCCGAGGGAGGAGAGAUGGAAGGCGACAAUGGUGGGCAGAAAGUGGAAAACCCUAAUCCUAACCCUUACAAGACAAAGGUGGUGGUGAUAAUGGGAGCCACGGGUUCAGGAAAAUCAAAGCUGGCCAUUGAUUUGGCAUCUCACUUCCCAAUUGAGAUCAUCAACUCUGAUUCCAUGCAGGUCUACCAAGGCCUUGACGUUCUCACCAACAAGGUUCCCCUUCACGAGCAGAAUGGAGUGCCUCAUCAUCUUUUGGGUACAAUUAGCUCAAAUGUGGAAUUUACCUCUAAGGAUUUUCGGGAUUCUGCAAUACCUCUCAUUGAUGACAUAAUUUCACGCAACAACUUGCCAGUGCUUGUUGGAGGUACAAAUUAUUAUAUUCAGGCUCUGGUGAGUCCAUUCCUUCUAGAUGAUUCAGCAGAAGAGAUGGAUGAAAGCAGUGUACAUGACCAUCCUGGAGGCAACAAUCUAAAUUAUAAACUUGAUUCCGAGAGAGAUGGUUCCUAUUCUGGCUAUGAUCGCCUUAAAGAUCUUGAUCCAGUUGCAGCAAACAGAAUUCAUCCAAAUGACCAUAGAAAAAUCAAUCAGUACCUUGGUUUGUAUGCACGCACUGGUGUUCUCCCCAGCAAACUAUUCCAGGGAAAGGCUAUGGAGAACUGGGGUCGAGUUGAUAAUUUCAAAUACAGAUGCUGUUUUAUAUGUGUGGAUGCAGCUCUCCCUAUACUGGAUCGAUAUGUGGGACAAAGAGUGGACAGCAUGAUUGAUGCUGGUUUACUUGAUGAAGUGUAUGACAUCUACAGUCUAAAUGCAGAUUAUACUAGAGGUCUACGGCAGGCUAUUGGUGUCCGUGAAUUUGAGGAUUUUCUGAAAGUACUCCUUUCAGAAGGUGGACAUGAUAAAGAAAAUGGUUUGCUGAAAGGGAAUGUGAGGGAAAUUUUGAAGUCUUCCAACAAUGAUCAGCACAGCAUUCUACUACAAGAGGCCAUUGAAAGAGUAAAAGCAAACACCAGAAGACUUGUUCGUCGUCAAAAAAGGAGGUUUAAUCGGCUACAAUCUUUGUUUGGAUGGGAUAUACACUAUGUUGAUGCCACGGAGUCCUUAUCAUGCAAUCCCAAUGCUUCUUGGGCAGCAGAUGUGGUUGAACCCUCUGUGAAAAUAAUCAGAUCUUUCCUUAGAGAUGAUGCAAGUUCAAUACCCGAUUUGGAGGGCAGAAAUGGUGCAGAAGGACUGAAAUCAAUCAACAGGGACUUGUGGACUCAAUACAUCUGCAAGGCUUGUGGGGAUAGGGUGCUUAGAGGACUACAUGAAUGGGAACAACACAAACAGGGCCGAGGACAUAGAAAACGAAUUUCUCGGUCUCGGAACUUGCAGAGUUCUUGCUUAACAGAACAGCAGCAGCAGCAGCAACCCCUUAGGCAUGAGGCUAGCAAGCCAAGAAAGUAGUGGUACACAUUUUGCACCUUCUUAUCUUCGGCCCAUGAGGCAUCUGCCUCUUGUGACUGAUUUUUUCCCUCACUUUUUUGUUAGCCACCAAUUAUUCCUACAUCUGUUAACUUAUCUAUGAUUUUUUUUUUGUUUAAUGAGUCGUAUGAUCGUCCCUUAAAAGAGUAUGAGUUCUAAAAGAACGCAAAAAGCGAAAAUUUUCAGUAGGAGUGUGAACAUUUUUGUGUGUGAUUUUCUUGA